AUGUCAGGCCUCGUUUCUGACGAAGUUGCGGAGGACUAUAAGAACUCCCUGGAAGACCUCACAUCGAAUGACAAGUUCCAAAUAAGCAAUCUGACCGUUAUUGCAAAGGAGAACACUGAACAUGCCAUGGCCAUCUCCCGAGUGCUGGAGAAUCACAUACGAAACACACCACCAUCUCAAAAGUUACCAGCUCUCUAUGUAGUGGACUCAGUUGUGAAGAAUGUAGGGACUCCUUACACGCUGUUCCUGGGCCGCAACUUAUAUCAAACAUUCAUGAACGCCUAUACUCUCGUUGACUCGCAGACUCGCAAGAAGUUAGACGAGAUGCUUAAGACAUGGAAAGAACCUGUCCCUGGUUCUUUGGAUCCCAGGCCUGUCUUCCCAGCUGAGAUUACUCGGAAUAUCGAGAAUGCUCUGAUCAAAGCUAGGACAGCAGCCCUUCAGCAACAACAGUCCAGAAGCCAACAGGAAGCCAUGAGCCUCGGUAGGGGUAUAGGUACACCGCCGCCAAUAUGGAGAAAUACCCCUACACCACCCCAGGGUGGCCCCAGAUACCCUCCCGGAUACGGUUAUAAUAACCAACAAAUGCCGAGUAACGGCCAUGGAUAUCCCAAUCAACCACUAUAUAACCAACCACCACAGGAACAAAUCAACCUAGCCUCCUUACAUCGUGACGUUGACUCGUUGAUAAUGAGUGUACGGCUCGAGUUCACUGCUAACCCACUUAACACCGCAGUUCAGCAAAAGCUCAAGGCCCUUUUAGAUUUACAGAACAUUCUACAACAGCAACGGUUACCUGAUGCACAGCUAAAACAGAUCCGUGACCAGGUGUCUCAGCUUUCUGCCUCCAGCGCAAAGCCAACACCACCGCCCCCUGCACCUGCUGCUUUGCCUGCUCAUAUCCCACAUCCCCCGGUCUCUACACCUCCUAUAGGGACAGUACCUGCCCAGACACCGCAACCAAACCUCCAAGCUUUACUGAACCCAAACACUCUUGCAGAACUUAUCAAGGCGACCGCACAGAAGCCUACUCCAACCCAGCAAACUCAACCAUAUACCCAACCGGCUGCUCCUACUCCAUCACUUGCAGCAGCUGUACAACCGCCUGUAUCCCUAGCCGAAAGUCCCUUGAUAGCGUCAUUGAGAGCUCGUGGCCUUCUACCUCCUGCUACGGGAACUCCUACAACCACACCACCUAAUCUCCCCUUCAUCAUUCCAGGUCAACCACCUUAUACUCCAGUGCCUGCCAACACAAAUUCUCAAGGUGUUAAGAUUAAAGUUCCAAUGACCUCUGCUUCGAUACGAAUACCUCGCCCAAAUUUGAUUUCCUGCUUGUACGAAGAUAAACCGAACCGCUGCGGAACUUGCGGUCGCCGAUUCGUCUCAACCCAGGAAGGGAAGGACAAGAAGGCUAGACAUCUAGACUGGCACUUCAAAACAAAUCUACGGAUAAACGAGGCUGCCAAGAGAAGUCAGAACAGAAGCUGGUAUCUCGACGAGCGCGACUGGAUAAAAUUCAGAGAAUUUGAAGAUGACAUUGGUGCCGACGAUGCGUCUGUCGCUGCUAGAAAAUCCAAUAACGAAGAUGCAUCAGGUAAAAAGGCAGAACAGCAAAGAUGGAUCCACGCUCCUAAUGAUGCCACGCUUCGCAACACUCCCUGCCCAAUAUGUCAGGAGAACUUUGAGUCCACUUGGUUUGAAGAAGCGCAAGAUUGGAUAUGGAGAGAUGCUAUUAAAGUUGGAAAUCGCAUAUAUCACGCCAGUUGCUAUGCAGAGGUCACAAAAGAUGGCAGCACAGGUGCAAAUGCCGAUAUAUCGCGGGGCCGAACCAGUACGCCGGAUUCCGUUCUCGGCAAACGAAAAGCAGAGGUGAGCAUAUUCUCUUAA